AUGGCAGCGUGCCUACCCUGUGUGGUCGAGGAGAUAAGAAGACCAAUAAAGAAACGGAAGAGAUUCAAAGGUUCGUAUGGGAAUUGCUGGCCCAAAAAGGAACAGAAAAUCGAGAGGACAAAGGAUAAGGUCGAGGAACUAAAGGAGCAAGCUGAGAAAGACUCCGAGCAAUACAAACAACAGCUAUCAGCACUCCAGGAACAAUUCUCCGAGCCCAAACCCGAGACCCAUCAAGAAAACCAGGAAAACAAGCUCAGCAAGCUGAAACAGAACCUUUCUGAAACACACGCCCUCGUCGAGGACAUGAAGGCCCAGCUCACUGACAGCAAGGAUUCCGAAACUCGAACCCACUCGGUCGCCCAAGAAACGCUAACCCAGCUCGAGGCCACGAAAAAGACGGUGGACACAGCUCCGAGCCAUCGAAGCCCAUGA